ACACAAUAAUCUUAGUCAAAGAAUAUUUUUGUAGAACUUCGUGAAACCAAGGUCGUAUUCAUGGAUGUAUGUUGGUAUUUUCUGAGAGAUAGCCCCGUCUAAAAUAGCUUGAUAAAAAUAAAUAAUUGUCAGAGAUUCGUGAAAGAGAAGCUUAGCUCGGCAAUACUGCGCAUACUUUAGGCGUCACUACACGUCUGGGGGUGACGGGGGAUCUAUUUCGGGAGCGCGCACCUCGCACUGAUGCUGAUCCAACUCGGUACUCCUUUGUCUUAUUAAAAGUAUAUCGGUCAAUGCGUAAAUAAUAUAUGAUCGUUCGAUUAUAAAAGUCUUCCAAAAUGGGAAAUCUCCUCAGUGGUGUCUCAACCGACACUGCUUCAACCUCAAUUAUUACUCGUAACAUUGAUAGUGAAAGUGAAACCAUGGAAGACAUAAAUUUACGUGAUAGCAGUGAAGUUGUGACCGAAGAACAGUUCUAUGACAGUGUCAGUGACGACGAAGAGAAACGUGCUAAGUUGAAAGAGGAAGAAAUGAAUGAGUUCAGAAAAGAAUUGAGCGUUAAACGCGAACAAAGGAGAGAAAUACUCACAAGACACAGAAACGAAAAGAAAGAGCUGGAAAACGCUUUACACAAUGAAAUUAAGUCUAAAAUUGAUUUGUGUGAAACUAAUAGACUCCUUCGUGAAUUACUGGUGAGAAACAAUAUUGAUAUUCCAGAAGAUCUUCAGGGUGUUCAACAUCAAGCUUACAUUACAGACUCUAUUUCGCAUAUGGCAGAAGAAAUUGAGAAAUUAAAAACCACCAAUGUAACUUUAAGAUGCGAUUUAGCGAAGACGCAUAACGCACUUCAGUCAGCAUACUCAGACAUCGCAGACUUGAGUUUUCAAAACAGCGCUUCUAUGAAACAAAUAAAUGCGCUUAAGGAAGUGGUCUCUGUUAGCAAGACAAUGAUUAGUCUUCGAGAACAACAACUAAACGAGUUGAAAGAUAAGCUGACAGAUAUCGAACAAUCGUUAGCUGACAGAGAAACGAGCAUGCUGUCUACCGAUCUGAGACAGGAGUAUGAGCGACAGUUGCUAAAUAUUAGGACUUUGCGGGGCCUGUACGAAGAACGAGCGAGACUUGCCGAUGUAUCGAGACAGGCUCUUUCAAAAGAACUGGACGAACAUAAAGUUCUACUAGAAGCUGAAUCGAACAAAACUAAAGAACUCACUGCAAAAGUGAAUGAUCUCGAGACCAAGGUCAACGAUUUAGAAGAGACAGUUGAAGAUAAAAAUAAUUUAAUAUCAACGUGCCAGCAAGAAACACGCGGAAUUAAAGCAGAGAUGUCAGUAGUAAACAAAUUAUUUUCACAAGUCCUAUUGGGAUAUAAAAAUAAGCAGGAUCUGGAUGUUCUUAUACAUCGCCUUGAAGAAAACCACGGUUUACUGACGCAGAUGGCGGGAAAAGAGAAUGGAUCGGAAGUUUCUUCGGAAUUGCCAAAAUUGUUGUUGGAGCUUGUCAGUCAAAUAGACGAGCAUAGCACAGCGUAUCAGGAAACUACAGUGACAAACAGUGCAGUUGAAACGGGUUCAGGUCUACAAAAUACAACUGCUGAAGAGAUAGUAGAAAAUCUGCCUAAGGUUUGGCGUGUACUCAUAGAACUGCUCAGUCAUCAAAGCGAAACGGAUGCAAAAAGUACAGAAAAAGUAACCACUUGUUACAAAUCUGUAGAAACGAAAUCAGGCCCUGUACUCGUGCCAAGUGUUAGUCAAACCUAUAUUAGGCUUAAGGAACUUAUAUUGGAAAAGUUAACCUUAAUCAAAGAAGUCAAUCGUACGAAACAGCUAAAUACUCAUUUAGAGUCACGUCUGGAAGAACAAGAGAGAAGACUGUGUCUUGUUACAAAUGAACUUAGCAAAACAUGGAAUGUGGUCGGGAGAUUACGACGUCACCACCAUCAAUUACACACACAUGAAAAAAUUCUUAAAUACGAAUUACAGCAAAAGAGAAAGUUACUGAAUGAACUGAAAGAGGAGCUCGAAUAUUGUCGCGAUAAGUGGGAACAAGCGAGAGAGAAAAAUACACAGUCUGAAAAGGACUGGAAAAAACUAAGAACCGAAUUCUCAAAUAGAAAACUUAAGCCAGACUUAGCUUCAAUCAAUAAUUCAGCUGAAAGUGGAUAUAGUGAUGAAAAACAGUCUGAGGAAUCAUCGGAGUCAAACGAUGAGAGUGAAUAUGUAGAGCCCAAGAUAAAAUGUAAGAAAAAGCUAAAAAAGUCAUUUGAGACAAACAUAGAUUCUAGUGCAGACUUCAAUCUAGCUGCAGAAAGAGAAGAUCCUGCUAGUGAUUUAUUAGAUGUAGCAGAUCUACCGUUGGAUACUCAAGAAGAGAACCAGGAAUGUGAUGAUGUGUCAGAUUCUUUUAAUAGUGAAAGUUUAUUUAAAAAUGAGAAAUUUUGCGAAGAGACUGAAGAUGAAGCAGCUGAUAUGACUAACGAAGAACACUCUAUCGCUGGAAGAUCACCAGAUUGUAGUGUUGCAAGUACGAAUGAAAAUUUAAAUAAUAUAACUACUCAAAAUAAUCCAGAAAUCCCUGGAACCUCUACUAGUAAUAUUGUGCAUGUCACAAUUGAUCCUGCCGCUAUAUUAAAAAGUAUUAGGGAACAAAAUGAAAGAUUGGCCCAAAAAGACAAAAGACUUGAAAGAUUAGAAAAUAGUGGUAGUAAUUUACUCAGAAAAACACAAACGAUUGCUAAAUUGAGUGAUCAAAUAAAUAGUACUUUAGAUGGUAUACUUAAUAGACCAUCAUCCAGCAGACAGAGUGAGGAUGUAAAUUUAAGGAUUACUGAAAACUUUAUUUUACCUGACAAUAUUGUAAACGAAUUACCAGAAAAUGUGAGCUCUGAUAAUUCUGAUGAAAAUCAGAUCCUAAAAAAUGAUUUAGAAACUUCUAAUACUAGUGAACCUUUAUCAAAAUAUACAAAUUCGGAGUCGAAUCUUAAUGAUGAUCAAACUACAAAUAAAGUUGAUUUCACGUCUUUAGCAGAAACAACUACAACAGAUUCUGAAAAUGUUGAUUUUAAAGUAAUACUAGAAGACAUAAAAAGACAAGAUGAAAAUCUUAAAUUGAAAGAUAAACGUUUAGAAAAUUUAGAACAAGGAUGUUCUGAAUUAGUUAAAAAUAUUUCCCAAACUCUUGAAACCGGAUCUGCAAUAACUGCUAAGCUAGAAGUUUUACAUAAUAAAUGCCAGAAUGAGGUUCCAAAUAAUGAGACGUCCGAUGAACAAUUACAGGACGAUAAUAAUCAUGAAGAUUAUGGCUUAGUAUCAGAAAGUAAUAGUAGUAAAACAAAUCCUGAACCAUCUUCGUCUAAAGAAUUAGAUCAUGAAGCAAGAUUUGCUGCCCGCGAUCUUCGUUUGAAGAGACUGGAAGAACAAACUAAAUCUCUAGUGAACAAAGUAAACAAAACAGCGACAAAAGGCGUGAAAAUACAUUACAAGUUAGAGGAACUUCAUAACAUUUACGGUUCUGAAAACUCUCGAUCCGGUACUCCUUCUGAAGAUACUGAAGACACAUCACAAAAUGACGACUUACCAAACGAAUAAAACCCUUUGUACUGUUUAGCCUUCUAUACAUAUAAGUAAUCGUGGUUUUUAAUAAAAAACUGAAAGGCAACAAAACUUGAAAGUGCAAAAUUCUCAACUAGUCUAUAUAUCGCGUAGCUCGGGAUUCUUUUUUUAAACACCUUGCUCCGUUCAUGAUUCAAUUUUAAAAUCCUUUGCUUUCUCGGCAUUCAAUACUUGCAAUCGCAAAAAUCAAUAGCUGCGUUUCAUAACAAAAUAUCUAAAUGGUACAGUUUUAGCCUAGCAUACAAUAUGUACAUAAUGAUUUCCUAAUCAAUGUUUUGUGUAAAAUAUACUUUACAUGUAGGUAUUAUAUACCUACUUAUAGCCUAUUAUAUACUGGCCGCAAAUUUAUAAAUCCGCCACUGUCACCCUCAAAAAAUUUAAAUAAUAUAAAUAUUUAUUGUAACAACCAUGGUAAAAAAAAUAAAACAAAUAUAUUCAC